UUCCAGUGGAUUCAGUGGUCAACUGCCUCAUGGUAGCAGCUUGCAGCGUACACAAUGCUUACAGAAGAAGUUCACCACCGCUAGAACCUCCGAUCUUCAACUAUGUCAGUUCAGUGGAGAACAGGAUCACUUGGGGCGACUUCUUAUCGAAGAACAUGGCAUGGAUCCACCAUUAUCCAUUCUCUGAUGCUGUUUGGUUCAUAUCAGUAAGGCUAACUAAAUCGGCUGCUGUUAAUAAGAUAUACAUGUUCUUCUUGCACCUAAUACCGGCCACGUUGGUCGAUGGGCUGGCCGUCUGCUUGGGGAGAAAGCCAAAGAUGCUAAAAGUAUACCGUAAGAUACACAAGUUUUCAUCGGUCCUGUCAUAUUUCUGUACGAGGGAAAUCAAAUUCUGCAACAGUCGGACGAGGGAACUGUGGGAGAAGACUUCUGAGGCCGAUAAGAAGAUAUAUCCAUUCAGCAUGAGCGAUUUGAACUGGGAGGAGUAUUUCCGCGACUACCUCGCGGGGAUCAGGAGGUAUUUGUUCAAGGAGAGCGAUGACACAUUACCUCAAGCCAGGAUUAAGUGGAAAAGGCCGAGGCUGCGGUGCCUCAUUGCACUUGUCCCGCAACCCCGGCUAAACAUCCGCCCUGUAGGGUCUGUGGUGGUCUAUUGGCUCUUAGAGGCGCGCGCGGAACGCUCGAGUUUGGUUCUGGUCCGGCGGCGAGCUACCUUUACUUACCGUCCAGACAUCCCGAUUACGGUGGCCGAUUACUGCGGCGACUGUGGAAAACUAUAUCAAACGACUGAGGUAGGCUCAGAAGAUCGCGCGACUAAUUAG